UCGCACAAACACAUGAGACAAGACAAGCGAACACGAUAAUCUGUGUCUUGUUCAAUGAAAGUGUGACACGGAAAGAAUUUCAUUCCUCAAACAUGGAAUAACUAGUUCACGUGUGUUAUUCUGAAGGUCUGGAUAUACAUUUAUGGAAUACCUUCGACUAAAGAGUGUGUUGUUACCUUGUGUUAAAUUUUAACACCUUUCUGUACAGGUGUGCGAUUAAUUGUCACAUAAAACAAUGUCAAAUCUAUUCAUGGCGGGUUCUUCAGAGACGUUGUUAGUACACACCUGUGUAAUAACGUGUUUAGUGAUAGUUAGUGCAUUUAAUUUAGACACUACCAUUCCAGUUAUAAAACAGGGCCCACCUAAUAGCUAUUUCGGAUUCUCAGUUGCUCAACAUAAAGAAGUGAGGAAAAUUAAUCCCGAACAAUUGUCAAAUGAAGUAAUUGGAAAUUAUAUACUAGUUGGUGCACCAAAGUUAAAUAUUGCAACUUCUAAAGAGAACAGCACAGGUGGCAUAUACAGAUGCAAUGCCCUCUCCUCUAAGAAGGAUGAUUGUGAAAUUCUGCUGAAGGAUCAAUAUGGUCCUGGUUCCAAAGGUGACCCAGGGCGACAUGACCAGUGGCUGGGUGUGGUUGUACGCAGUGGAGGCCUUGGAAAAGGUGUCGUGGCUUGUGCCCACAGAUACAAGGAAAUCAAGGAGACCUCAGACAGCACUAACAACAUCUACGGGCUGGGAAUGUGUUACCAGAUGACCCAGGACCUGGCCCUCAAUAUUGACUUGGGCAUUGGCAACAUCUUCACGCCGUGCAGCGGGUACUCCAAGGUCAAGGAGCAUGAGGAGUAUGCGUUCUGUCAGUCUGGGAUCUCUGCCUACAUAACCGAGAAUGAGCGGCUGAUAAUGGGUGCCCCUGGUCCCAUCAACUGGAUCGGCAUGAUCAACGAGAUUGACAUCGCCCCAAAGUUCAGCAUCAAGAGAAUGUACCGAUCCCCGACAACUAUGGCUGAUCCCUUACCUGGGCCAGUCUCUUUAAACUCUUAUCUCGGCUACUCAUCUGUGGGUGGCAAGUUUGACAACACAGAGCGUAUGUACUACGUGGCGGGGGCACCCCACAGUCUGGGGUAUGGGCAGGUGGUGUUCUUCACGGAGAUGUCCACGGGUAACAUCCUCAGCUACGAGACCUCUCAAAUACUCACGGGUGGCCUUCCAUUCUCAGGGUUCGGGCACGAGCUGAUGGCCGUGGACGUGAACAAUGAUGGAUAUGAUGAUCUCAUUGUUGGCUGCCCCUUCUACUAUGUAGAAGAGAAGGACAGCAUCAAGAUAGGAGGGGCCAUCUACAUUUAUUCAGGACAUGCUGAUAUGAUCACAAACAUGACCAAGCCUCACGUCAUCACAGGUCGCUCUACAAAUCGGGAGGACUGUGAAAAGCUGCAGUGUAGGCACGCACGCUUUGGCUUCAGUCUGGCCAAGGCUGGUGACCUCAAUAUGGAUGGUUACCAAGAUUUUGCGGUUGGUGCCCCAUUUGAAGGCCGAGGGGCAGUGUACAUCUACCAUGGGUCAGCUAAAGGGGUCCAGGAACCUUUCUCUCAGAGGAUUUUUGCUGAAGAUCUAGCAACAGCCACUGGUUGGACAGCGUUUGGCUACUCGCUAUCAGGUGGCAUGGACCUGGAUGAUAACACGUACCCUGAUCUAUUGGUGGGAAGCUAUAGUGAUAACAAGGUGGCAUUGCUCCGGACCCGCCCAAUCGUUAAACUGCAUUCCAAGAUCAAUGUGACCCCGGACCGCCUCAACAUGAGCCACUCGGCCCAGCGCAAGUGUAUCAUAGACCAGCUCAAGUACUACUGCGUGGAGAUUCAACUUUGUCUCAGAUACACUGCAGAGCCUGUUGAAAGGUUUGAUGAGCCUGUGGAUAUAAUCUACACCAUAACUGCCGAGCCAACACGGUUCAACUCUCGCGUGGAUUUCUACGACACAAAACACGGGUACUCCCAAGUGGUAGAGGAUACAUUGACGCUCAAGUCUCAAAAAGAAACUGGUGGGUUGGACGCUGUGAAUCCGCAGUACAAAUGCACAACGAAAACAGCUUACCUUAAGGAGCAGAUCACGGAUGUGCUCACUGCCCUGACGUUCGGUAUCAGCUACCGUCUGCCCGAGCGUACUGCCCCUGCCUCCACCCCCGCCCCAGGGGCCCUACCUGACAUCAAUGAGUUCCCAAUACUUGACGCAGGGCUUACAGAGUCUGAAACCAUGAUCUUCACUGAAGUGGAGUUUGUCAAGAAGUGUGGUGAUGACAACAUCUGUAACAGUAACCUCAACAUGAAGGUGGAUCUGCAAGAUUUAUCCAAGACCCAGUCAGGCAUGCCUGUGCUGGAGAUAGGAGCCACGGACCAGCUCAAGGUGCAUGUGGACGUAGAGAACAAGGGAGAGAUUGCCUACCAGACUGCCUUCUUUCUCACCAAGCCUAGCUCACUGAUCUGGCAGCAGUCCGAACCGCGAGAUAUCGGCUGUGUCCAGAUCAACACAACUAUGAUUGAGUGCAAGGACAUUGGCAGCAAGGAGAUAGGGAAGCCUCUGAAGGCAGGGGAGAGCACCCAGUUCCUGCUCUACUUCCAGAUCAACAACACGGCCAUCUCCUCCGUGAGGCUGAUAGAGCUAACCGCUUGGGUGAACACGACAAGUGAGGAGCUGACACCUACCAAUGACAGAAUCACCAUCCCAGUGACAGUGUUCAUCAACGCAGACAUCCAAGUCAGUGGACAGAGUGAGCCCGACAGUGCUAUCCCUUACUCUGGCAAUGUGCGAGGGGAGAGUGCAAUGACCAAUGAGAGGAUGAUAGGGCCUGGGGUCAACCACACUUUCACGGUGUACAACAAUGGCCCCGGUGUGGUGGAGUCCUCAGAGAUCACCAUCUACUGGCCGUAUGAGGUCCAGAGCACCUACCCCCAUGGCAAGCACCUCCUCUACCUCAUGCAGCCACCGCAGGUUCUUGCUGGAGGAGAUGCCACCUGUUAUGACCAGCCUGAGAUAGUGAAUGUAGUAGGGAUUAAUGAGGAUUUUUUAUCAAACACUGUGCCGCGAACGUUUGCCUCUGAAGGUGUAGAGAACUCUGGACCGGAUUACACGGUUGCCAAUGGACGAAGACGCCGGUCAGCCACAGCAGGUGCCCGUUACCGUAGAGAUGAGAAUGAAGCAGAUAAGACACCCCUGCAGAUAAGAGAAGACGGACCAGCCCUGGGGGAGGCCAGGGAUAAGAAAAACAUAGCACACCUGGAUUGUGACAGUAAGACAGCAAAGUGUUACGAGAUACGGUGUAAGAUCGGAGUGCUGUCCCCUGACCAGAAUGUCAAGAUUAGGAUCAGGUCGAGGCUAUGGGAGAGCACUCUUCUACAGGACUAUCGUUUGGUGGAUGCAGUCCAUAUCCGGUCUAAAGGCAAGAUACACAUCCGUCCUGAGCUCAAUGUGCUACAGAGCAACACCAAAAAUGAUGUGGGAUACGCUGUGACGGUAGCCAUCCCCAGUAUCCAGAUAGUACAGGAGAAGCCCCUGGCCUGGUGGAUAUAUGCCCUAGCCAUCUUGGGAGGUAUUGUACUGCUGGUCCUGCUAGCGGUAUGCCUCUGGAAGUGUGGAUUCUUCAAGAGGAAACGCUAUGAUGAAGUGAACACGUACAAUGUGAAAGUGGAGAAGAAGAAGGAUAUCAGCAACCCCACGUACAGCACUUCCAAGAUGGAGGUGCAGCGAGACAUCAUGUACGAUGAAAACGAAUCUUUUUUGAAACGUUGAUGAUAUUUAGAAGUUUUGUCAAAUGAGUUCGCUGUCUUGUUGUAUCAAGACGAAAAUAGCUGUAAAUCAGUGCAACCGAUUACAACUCCCAUACGCUUUUAAACACAUGUAGUUUCUUACAAAAUCAAAUUAAAUUUGAGACCUUUCCUAGGCAAGGAAAGUUUAAAAGCCUUUACUUCCAACCUGUAGAUACUUAUAAGGAGCAGCAAACAGCAUAAAACGUGUACAGUACCUUGCAGGCUGUUCUGGUUUCAUGCUGGUCGCAUAAAGCCAUUUUCAAUAUGCUUCUGAAAUGGAGAGGGUACACAUUUAAUCAGCUUAUACCAUAGAUUAGUUCUAUUUUUUUUAGCAUAUAAAAGUCGGGCUGUUUUUAAAGCUUUAUGGUUGCACUUGUGUACUAUUCUUCUUUUAUAUUCUCAUAUAAGGACGAUAUGACAUACGUUGGUGCCAAGGUUAAAUUUCAUAACAGUCUGUAACACAAUUUUCUGUUUUAAAGAAAUGCUCAUCAUUCUUUGAACACAUUUUAAAAGUUAUAGAUGAUUACACAUUCAAUUUUCAAGGCCAUAUUUCACAGGGGCUGAGCUUACUGCGUGAAUAUAACAUAUUCAAAUGUAUUAUACAUAUUAUGUUCGUUUUGAUAUAAACAAACAAACUUUGCUCCAAUACUUUUCCGAUCUCUGUUUAGGUAACAAACGCCUGUCUGUCCUUGACCGCAUAAUACUGUGCCUUAUAAUAAAAAAAAGGAUUUUUUUCAUUGUAUGCUUUGAUUUUCUUGUUGUGUUGCAUUGUUGCAGGUUACUUUAUGGAAUGUCUGUCUUUGCUUUGAGUGUGAAAAUUAUGUAAUUAUCUUUGAAUGAUUUAUGCUUGUAUUAUUUAAUUAACAUCCAUUUUUUCUAAUGCGUAAUAGUACAAUUUGCCUACCGGGUAAUUACUUUUAUUGUAAUUUAACAUUAAGUUUAAGAAAUUGAAACUUAAAAUUAAUGUACAUAAGUAUGAUAUUCUUAUUUAUUUACUAGUCAUUGAAGUAGCAGGAUAUUAACCCAUUUAUGCUUAGUGUCUAGAAAAAAGGCCAUGGCAAACAGUGUAGACCCAGAUGAGACGCCGCAUGAUGCUUAAAGGAAUUUCUGUACGAAAUAUGCUAAAUAUAAAAAUAAAUAUACUAGACGUCCCUAUUUUUUGGAAUAAAUUGUUCCAAUUUAGAAGGAUGAAAGAGCACACUAGGCAUAAAUGGGUUAAGGGUGGGGAAUUCUUGUACAUUUUUUAUUUCAUCAAGGUAUUUUAUGUUAAAUGUUUUUUUACUCCCGAAUAAAAAUUUAAACACAUCAAGGGACGUUUAUUUUGUAAUCCAUUUGACAUAACUCUUGACAAGUAUAGGUUACUGUAUUAUAAGCAAGUUGGUCUGAAUCAUUGAAUUGUAAUAUUCAUAAUGUUGGUGGAAUAUUGUAAUAUAAUGGUUAAAAACCCAGUGCUGCCUUUUGUUAACAUUCCAGGUCAUAUUGUAUCUAUAUAAUUAGAUAUCAUAAUAAUUGAAUAGUUUAUUCAUAAUCGUUUAUUAAACAAACAUCACAGAAAAUUGCUUUAUUCUGUCAAACAUAACAAUGGUAACCUGUGAGUGGUAUACAAUGUGUACACUUUUUUAUUUUAAACUAUAAUAAUAAUCACAACACCAUCAUUAUAUUUUUCUUGGUUUUAUUUCAUUAAGUUUCAUCACCAUCAUGAAUUGUAACCUUAAAAACACAAAACCAAAAUAUUUAUUAUGUAUACUUGUAUUUGAAGCCAUAUGAAUUCACUAUAGUUGUAAUUGUUUACAUGAACUUCAUUUUUCAAUAUUGGAGAAUAUUAUCACGUCUUUUGCUGUUUUUCCCUUACACUAUAUAUGGUGUAAUCCAGCAUUCCGUACAUAAUAUAAUAUUACAUGUAUUAGAAAACAAACUUUCAUUUGUAAAUAGUUAUCAGUGUUUGAGCAAAUUUGUCCAUAUUGCUGUUAUGUGAUGAUAAGUAUUAUACAAAUGCACACAAGAUAAAAAUGUAAACAGAAGAAAACUACAUGUGUUCUUACACCUUGUAGUAUAUGCCUAAUUAUAGGACACUUCAAAUAUGUUGUUAUUAUAUGACAGUAGACAAGUAUAGAUCGUUCAACAUCGAGUCAUUUUGUUGAGCAUGAUUCAAUUCAUCAUGUUUCCCAUGUUUGGUUCAUCAUUAUUAUAGGGCCUGAAUAAUGCGAAAAUUAAUAUUAAUGCAAUAUUCAGCAAGCAUGGCACCAUUCAGCCUGCGCAUUUGAACAGUCUCUUCAGGGGCUACGCAGCUUGCUGUUAGUGACACUGCAAGACCUUGAACUACCUUAUUGCGGACAUGGUAGCCCCUGAACAGACUGCGCAUGAUACACUGGCUGAAUAUUGCAUCUUACCUAUUUUCUGGUGCGGCAGGUCAUGUCAUGUUCAUAAUAAGAAUACUAGAGUAGGAAAACUAGAAAGUAGCUCCAUAGUGUUACAGACUGAUAUGACUUCAAUUACUAUUUAAAGGGACCAUUUCUGUAUCAAAAUGAUGAUUAAAUUUAAAAAAAGUCAUACAUUUUUGUGAUUGAUUAUUUGGAAAAUAUGUGUUUUAGAAACAUAAAAAAAAUUCAGUUUAGUUCUCAAACGUGAAUGGUCCAGUGGUUGCAUUUUAGAUUUUUCACCCAAAGGACCUGGCAUGGAAACCUGGUGAAGGGGAAACUUUUUCUUAACAUUUUUCAUUUAAGUAAUUAUUUUAUGUAGUGAUAUUGUGUAAGUAAAUAUGUUGAAUGGCAUAGUUUAAAGAAAGUAAACAAGUCUUUGUGACAUGUUAAAAGUCUACAUAUUAAGCCUUCCAUAUAAUAUGGUGGCCAAGAUUUUGUAACAGUAGAUACGAGACUUUAAAGUGCCAUUCCUGGUGUAAAUAUAAUUCAUUUUGCAAAGGGAACACAGGGCAUUACGAGAUAUGGUGUGGUUACAGGCUGCAACAACUGCAAAUGGUCAAACAACUCUCUUGUGUGUGUCUUUUUUCACAAAGGCAACAAAUAAGUAAAUCCUCAACAUAUUGAAUGUACAAGAUGAACACCAAAAUUAUAUCAAUAUAAAUGUUCUGAUAUUGCUAUUAAAACGGAAAAAAUUGGCAUUAAAUGAAAAAUGUCAAUAUGUCGUAUAGGCUAUGUAAGAUCAAUUCAUUUUUAUCAUGGGCAAUAAAAAUUGCAUGGGCAAUACAAUUGCAUGAAGAUUUACUUUCAGUAUUGAUGAUUUUGAUUUCUUUUUACCAGGGUUUUUUGCUAAAGUCUGAGUUUGAUUUACAAAAACAAUUUUUUUAUUGAUUUUUUUCAGUAAGUUAAUAGUUUUCUAUGUUAACUGUUUAGAUAUGAAGGUAAUUGUAGCAGGGAGCUGAAUUCCUUUUUGUAUAAAAAAAAUUGAUUUUUUUCAGGUGUGUUUUUUAAGAUUCAAUAUUUUGAUGUUGCCUUUGCUUACAUGUUUCUUGUUCUAUGAACAUGUGUUUACUUUCAGGAUUUAACAAGCUUGUUUUCUAGUUUGUGUGUACUUAAAAAAAAAAUGUGUUGUCCAUGUAUAUAGACAGUGUACAUAUUUUUACAUUUUGUUCAUGUUAUUCGGGUGCUUAGUGCCUGCUUUGAGAUAACCAGUCUCCACAGUGUAAUAUAGCUUGAACCUUGUAAUGGCUUUUAUGUGAGAUAUAUAGCUUUAUGUGUUAUAAUUGGUCACCUGUCAUUAUGUUCUAGACUAUAGUAAAGACCUAUAGAAUACAUGUAUUUUAUAGGUCUUUGACUAUAGCUUGAAUUGUAUUCACUAUGCAGUUACAACUUAGUUAAACUAAUUUCAGUUUUUGACUGUUAAUUUGUUAAUUCUUUAGAAUAUAAUGCCAGAUGGCCCAUUUUGAAAUAUUGAAAAUUGAUUGAUAUGCUGUAAAUAGUUGUGAAUGUGAUUCAUUAGAUUCUAGUACACAAGUAUGGCUAGGGGAUAGACUUACUAAUAAGUAAAUGUUAAAACUAGAACAUCAUGCUUGAAAGCUUUAAUUUCUUCAAAAAAAUUAAUGUUCAUAUAUUGUUGCAAAUGUGGACUAUGUGUGUUAUUUUUGGACAUUUUUAAUUGUAUGGCCAAGUUGAUUAUUAAUUUGUUAGUAAUCCCCAGGCCUGCUUGGUGUGUAGCUUGAUUUGCCAGCAGUAUUUAGUACAAAUAUCUUUCCCAUAUUAAGCAUUCCAGCUUUGUGUUUUGCAUUUUCUAGCAUGGGUUUGCACUAUCUAAGUGUCAAACUUUUGUCUGACGCCUUCUUCUUGUAUUUGUCGUGUUUUCAUAUCUUGUGUGAUGAACUGUUUUUAUUAUUUAUCUAGCCAUUUUUUGUAUGUGAUUUUUUAGUCAAGAACUAAUAAGUGAUAAUUACUUAGGGGAAAAAAACAAAUUGGAUGAUGCUUCAAUUAUAUUAUGUUAUGUUUGAAUGUAUAUUCACACCCAUAAACAAAAUAUUCCUCUCAUAUAUGUCACACUACAUACACCUAUUACUCUGAAAUUCAUUUGUAUAUUGGUUAUAACAGCAUUCAUCAUGUAUUAAGUAAUGAUUAACCAUGUAGCAUAGUGUAUGCUUUGCAAAAUAACACUUGCUGACUGUAUUAUAUUGGAAUAUCUGUGUGUUGUGAAACAAUAACAUGUAUCAUUAUAUGUUUUUGUUAAAAAAAAUCAUCAUUAUACAUAAAACAAAAGUAUAGUAUCGUAAGUGUUGAAUGGACCUUCACAAUAAAGAACAAUUUAUUUAAUGAAAUUUUCAACAUGUAAAAUGAAAAUGAAAUUUUACCUUGAUGACUAGCAUUACAAAAUUAAUUUCAAUGUUCUAUAAGUUACUGUUAAGCGCAUUGUUACUCAUUUAUAUGUUUGUAUUAUAUUUCCAUACAUGUUUACGAGCUAUGAUACACAUAAAAUGUCCAA